GCACCUUCAUGAAAACAUGGUUGAACUGGGGGAGAUGCCUGUACAGUUUGGGACUUCUGCUGCCAUAGCAUGCCCAAAGAGGCUAUCAGAUGAAUCGGUGACUAGAAGGUCUCAAUAUAUUUCAGAUAUUUUAAGUGCAGCCUUACCUGGACAGAUCACCUUGAUCCCGUAUAAUGCAGGCGACCAUUGGGUGUUGGGUGCCAUUGAUCUUGAAAUGAGUAGGAUCUACUACUUGGAUUCAAUUGGAGAUACUCCAGCUGCUGAUUUUGAGCUUAUUAUGAAUCAGGGAGUAAAGAUCUAUCAGGCCGCAAAGUCAAAUAAGAGACUAACAUGGAGUUGGUUAACUGUAACGUGCCCAAAGCAAAAAGGUUCAAUUGAAUGUGGCUACUUCGUGAUGAAGUAUAUCAAGGAUAUUGUGGGCAAUGUGAAUGUGUUGAAGAACAAUUUUUCUGCAAUUAUGGACUAUUCUGAACAUGACAUCCUUCAAAUACGGGAGGAGUGGGCUUCGUAUGCAGCAACUUUGGUGAAAGAUUGAAUGAACUUUGGGGCUGCAAAUGUGUUCAAGGAAAGGCCAGCUGGUGAAAAAAUGUGAAGAACUUUCGGGAAAAAAUGUUGUGUUAUGAUGUAGUUGGGAAAACUAAGCAUGGUUGUGAACCAUUGUUGUAAUGCUUUUGUGAUGAUGUAUUAUUAUGCUAGGAGUGUUGUGAAACUUUAACAAUGGCAUGGUAUACUCUGGUGUAGUUUGGAUUGGCUAGCUUAUUUUGACUUUAAUAGCUAGCUUGAUGAUCAUUUUGAAAUAUUGUGACUUUGAUAAG